CAUUUCUAGACAAGAAAAUGGGUCACUGGUCACUGAAGUUCAAGCGUUAAAAGAGAAAGUAAAAACCGCCAGAGAGGAACAAGAAGAAUCGGAGGACUUGAUAUCUCAGUUGGAAAACAAGGUUUCUUUAACAGAGACUCGUUGCGCAGAGCUCGCCAUGGAAGUAGAUGAGCUGACUGCCCACUUAAAGGAGCAAAACACGGCAGUGGAUGGCUGGAAUGAACAAAUUUCACAACUAACCGCCGAGUGCGAUCAGCUGAAAGAUUCGUUGCAGGAAAUCACUAAGGUCGCUGAAAGUCGUAAGAACUUGGUUGAUGAACUGGCCAUAGACAAACAAACAGCAGACACAAAUCACAGAGAGCAGCUGGACAAGCUACAGGAAGAACACAAGAAAGAGCUUAGUGAACUAAGGGAGCACCUAACAGGAGAAAAGAAACUACGCAAAGAAGUUGAAGAGACCCAACUGAAGCUAGCAGAAGCGAAGGCCAAAGUACAGUCACUGGAAAGCAAGAGUGGCUGGUUUGAGAGAAGGCUCGCUGAAACAGAAGAUAACUUGAAAGCAGAGAAGGAACGGAGUGAAAAAUCUUUGGCCGAGUUACGGGCAGAACGUGAAAGUGAAUUGGAAGCAUUACAAGAAGAACGAGACAGAGAAACAGAGGUUUUUCAAUCUCAAAUCACUGCUCUUCAAGACGAAAUGGAAGAGAAAGGUCAAGAGAUGGACAAACUGCAGCAGGAACUUAAGGACAAAGAAGUGGAGAAUAGGAUCGCUGGAAAGAAAGGAGAUCAACUGGUUAAAGAUCUCAAGCGUCAACUCAAACUAGAAAGGAAAAGAGCCGAACAGCUACAGCAAAAAUUACAAGAAGCUUUGACUGAGAACAGAGUCAAACCUGCAUUCGACGAUUUAUUCUCUGGCAAAGAAAAUCAGAGGCGAAACAGUGGUGACUCAUCAAUACCGAGUCAGCCUUCGAGGAGUGAAGUGGACAGUCCUGAAUUUAGGCCCCCCAGCCCCACGGCUUCCACGAUCAGCAUGCUGAAUGAUGAUACAACCGACUUGAUAGAACGACUUGCGGAUGCUCAGCAAGACAAGUGGUUACUUGAGGAAAAGGUUCGUCACCUUGAAGAAACUGGAGCAGCAUUGGCGGAGGACCUGAUACAAAAGUCAGCCAUAAUUCAGGCCUACGCCAUGGAAACCAAAAUCGGUCCCAUUGCAGAGUCUCCUAAACCAUCUCCAGUGGCAUCGAUUUCUUCGUUGAAAGAAAAGAUUCGCUCUCCUUUUGCGAAAGGCAAAGAGAACACGAGAAAGAUCCAGCUUAUGUUGGAAGAAACGCUCACGAAGAACGUACAACUUCAGCGGGACAUAGACGCAAUGUCAAAAGAACUUCAAAACUUCAAGCAACAGGAAGUGAAUAUUCCGGAAAUAAGCGAAGCUGCCAAUUCGUCACUAGAUUCCAGCUCACCGCAAGCUACAGAUGUGCAGGAACCUGACGCUAGUUAGUAGUUACGGGGCGGAUUGCAGUUUUCGGUAAAAGUAGAUAGAAUUCAAAUUAAGUAUUUUUGCAUAAUAUCAUCGGUAUAAAUAUACAUGUAUAUGUUGUAGAUUUGAUAAACGUAUAAGGUUAAUUCUAAUAGUAAAGGUUGGCGUUUGCAAAUGUGCAGAACUAAAAAAAAAGUGUCUACCCUGGUUGCGGAAGGUUUUUUUAUUUUUUUGUCGUUCCGCUAAGCUCAAACGAAAUGGAAUUUUGCUUAGAAAUAUAUGUAAAGGAACCUGUAGCCGAAGCCAGGGUUAAUUUUCAAAUAUUUUAAAAUGGUUGUUACCGAUAAAAUAUAAAGCUGUCGAAGAGGGAAAUAAAUCUGGUAUUGCACCAGCGAA